CAUGACUCAAGCAUUAAAGAGCAGGCAGGAUUUUGUGUAAUGUAGCCUGUCUUUUUAUCACAGAUAAGAACCAUGACAACGGCAGACGGGGUCUUCUUUCUGGCUUCAGUGUUGUCUCUGGGAUUUGCACACUACCACAAGGGGGAGACAGAGACGUACCAUGUGAGUCCUGGACAUCUCUUUCUAAUGAAGUGUCCCACUGCUGAUUCUGACACCAACAUAACCUGGAGCCAUGAGGGUGAGCACAACCUGAGUUUGCCUGCUGGAGUGGAAGUGAGAAACGGGACACUGUGGUUUCUACCUGUGCAGGUGUCUCAUGAUGGAUCAUACAUAUGUGAAAAAAGGGAUGAAACUGGUUUAUUCAAGUUUACAUUGGGGCUGUCAGUGUCCAGUGGAGAGUGUCCUGAUCUAUCUGAAACCAUAUCGAUCACUAUGGGAGUCACUGACGGACUUCCUUGCAAACAGAAAGAGAUCCUUGAACUGAAUAACACAAGGAAUAUUCAGUGGAUGAAGGACUGCAGCCCCAUAAGGCGGCACGGGGAGCCCAUCUCUGUGGAAGAGGACGGCUUCAUGAUGCUGCCAUUGGCCUCACAGAGGGAUGCUGGGAUUUAUACCUGCCUGGUUGACAUUAAUGUAGAUGGCAGGAGCUACACCUCUGCACGCAGCAUCAAGCUAACUAUUAAUAGUGACAAAGUUAUGCCAGAACCAAAGGUUGUGAGUCCUCAACAGGAAGUGGUCGUGGUUGACGUGGGUACGAGAGUGGAGCUGAAGUGUUUAGCUUACAUUGGUUUCAGUGAGGAUAAUGAGACUUUGAUUUACUGGACUGUUGAUGGGAUCUACGCAGAGGACCAUGAUGAACUACAUGAAUCCUGGAAAUACGUUAAUGACGGUGACUGGGUGUUUGGUUUGUCCACUCUGAUCAUCUCAGAAGUUCCCCGUCAGUUCCUAAACGUCCCCAUUGGCUGCUGUGUAAUGACGCCAACUGGAGUGAAGGUUGCCUUUGUUUCUCUUCAGGAAGCCGACCACAGUGCCCUCUACACCAGCGUGACUCUGUGCAUCCUCUCCCCGCUGACCGUUCUCAUCCUGGCUGCUGCCCUCAUCUUCUUCAAAGUGGAUCUAGUUCUGGCUUACAGGAAUCUGUCAGGCCGUUUUGCUAAUCAGUCAGCUCCAGAUGGGAAGCUAUAUGACGCCUACGUGAGUUUCCUCCACUCUGACAGCCUGAGUUCAGCAGAGACGAUGAAGUUCACCCGGCAGAUCCUGCCUGAGGAGCUGGAGAGAAAACAUGGCUUUUCUCUGUACAUCAGAGGACGAGACGACUGCCCUGGAGAAGCAAUGCACGAUGCUGUAGCUGCUACACUGAGACAGUGCCGGAGACUGAUACUCAUACUGUCUCCGGACGCCGUAUGCUGCAGUGGAGUAAAAACAGAGGAGGCUCCCAUACACAACAACAUGAACCAGCUGUGUUACGAGCAUAAAGUGGGCCUUUAUGACGCUCUAACUCAGAACAGCCCAAGAGUGAUUCUGCUUGAGAUCGAUGGCCCAGUGGAUUACAGUCUCCUGCCAGAGUCUCUGCGCUACAUCAAGAGGAAACAAGGAGCUCUGAGGUGGAGGACACCUCAUACUGGAACUCAUAAACUGAUGAAAUUAGACCCCAACAGAAACCUGUGGAAAAAUCUGAGGUACCACAUGCCGCCAGUGUCCUCAGGGAAGCUCAAGACUUUAGUGUAAACAAAAUGAAAAAUGUUAAUUUCACUGAAGGUGAACAGAUGUGUUGUUAACAUUAGGGUCUUUGGGACAUUUACAGGAAAGAUGUAUGGACAAAUGGGAACCAGAUGGCCUCAUCAUCCAUCAGAGAGUAUUGUGUUAAUUGCUGGUCUUCUUGGGAACUACAAUACGUGCAAACGGGUCAGGAAGGCAACUUCUUCCUGGUACAAUACAAGCAUGUUUCGACUUCAAUCCAUGGAUUACAGACUGUCAUUUUUCUGUUGCUGUCCUGCCAUUAAAAAGGGUUUUCGGUUUACAAACCCAGUACAAAAAAGUUGGGACAUUGUGAGAAACAUGAAUGGACAACAUGUAGAGAGACCUGCAAAUCCAUUAAAACAGGAAGUGUCAAAAAAUCAAAUCAGGUUAA